AUGGCCCUCCCCACCCACCGUCUCGCCGGCAAAACCGCCAUUGUCACCGGCGCAUCCUCAGGCAUCGGGCGGGCCAUCGCUCUGCGCUACGCAUCCGAGGGCGCGAAGGUGGUGUGCGCGGAUCUCACGCCAAAGGCUCGAGGAGCGGCGGCAGGCGACGAGGAAGAGGAAACUGAUACGCACGCGCUGAUCGAGCAGCGCGGUGGGGAAGCUGCGUUCGUCGAGGCGGAUGUUGGGGAUGCGGGGCAGAUGGAGAAGCUGGUGGAGGCGGCGGUGGCGAGGUUUGGGAGGGUGGAUGUGAUGGUGAACAACGCGGGAGUAUCGCUCAGGACGAAUCCGCCCAAGCCGCUGCACUUGACGGACGACAGCAUCUGGGAUGCCACGAUGCGGGUCAAUGCCAAAGGGGUGUUCCUGGGGUGCAAGCAUGCAAUAGCGCAGAUGUUGAAGCAAGAGCCGCACGAAUCGGGAGACCGGGGGUGGAUCGUCAAUAUCUCGUCCAUCAUGGCGCUUGUUGGGGGAUGGCGAAUUCCUGCCUACUGUGCAUCAAAGGGUGCGGUAACGGCUUUGACAAGGCAGGUGGCGCUGGAAUAUGCGGAACAUCGUAUCCAUUGCAAUGCCAUCUGUCCCGGAUAUGUACAAACCCCGUUAAUGCGUGAAGCAACUAAACACAUGGACUCGUGGGACAAGGUUGAGAAGGCGCACCCUUUUGGCGGAGCAGGCUAUCCGGAGGACAUUGCGAAGAUCGCAGUGAUGCUGGCAAGUGAUGAUGCAAGUUGGAUGACUGGCACAAGCAUCCCGGUAGAUGGUGGGUACACUGCGCAGUGA